AUGGGUAUCUUAAGACUUUUCAGAGGUUUAAACUGCUUUGGUUCUGGACAAAGAAAUUAUAAGUCGAAAAGACAAAUGGAAAGAGAACUUGCAAGCAUGCAAGAAUUAAUCAGAAUACUUGAACAAGAUGUCCACAUCACAAGGGAUACUGUUGAGUUGUUCAGGCAGCGACAAAAAGCUGUGGAAGAAAAAGAAAACAGGAGCAGAGACAUCAGACACAAUCUGAUGACUCAAGUAGAGGAGAUUGAGAGUGAACUGGGACGAGCUUUAGAGGAGCGCAAGGAGCUGAUGUCAUAUAUCAUUGAAUGCGGAAUUCGAAAAACAGCCUUGGAAAAAGAUGUUCAAGCGAUAGAAAAGAAGGCGGAAUUUUUCUGGGAAGACCUGUAUGAUCCAUCUCCAGAUCCCAAAACACGCGCUAAAACAUGGCAGGAGAAUCUGCGUCCUGCGCGUUCAACGAGUGACCUGAACAAGGCGGUGCUUAAGCCACCCCUGUGUUUUGCACAGGAUGCAGAUGAUCUUCAAGUGUGGGAUGUACCUUAUGAUGCGAGUGACGAGCAACUCUUUGCAGAAAGACUCAGAAAUGAAGUUUUAAUCACAAAAAGCAAAGAAACCUUCGUUUAA